GCUGAGCCAUCUGUCUGGCUGCUAGAUUUGUAAAAACGGAUACGAGUAUCUGCGGGGCGCCGUCCGUCCGGCAUGUUCUUGUUUACGGUGAGGUCGGAUUACUCCGCUGUGGUGCAGUCUAACGUGUGAGGAUAAACCCCCAUCCCCAAAGACAAGAGAAGUGAGUGUACCUGCAUGUUUCAGUCAUACAUUGAUGUGCUUUCAUUUUGAUGUGAUACCCUGCAUGUGUGUCUUUUACAUUUAUGUUAUUUGCAGAGAGACAAGGAGAGAAAGAGAGAACAAGGGGAUGUUGACUUAUCCCUCUGACCCGCUCCCUCACAUAGUUUGUCCAAUGGAUGAGGAUGCUAUUCCCCCAAACACUUUCUGUAGUGCACCUCCCCAGAUUGAACCUCCACCACCUCUCCUUUCCCUUUCCUCCAUCACUCCCAGCUGUUCAAAUAAUGGAACAUCUGGUCACAGAAGAAGUGGUCGUAUUAAAGCACAAACUCCCAAGAAGCAGAGCAUCUUUGAAAGUGAAGCAGCGCAGAGAGCAGCAAGACAAAACUGGUCCCCCUCAGAGAGACAGAGGGACACAGACAGCAUGGUACAAGUGCCCGACUCUGAGGCGCCAGGAGUUGAAAGUACACAUGGACACGAGACACAAAACAAGGAGGAUUUUGAGUUCAACUUCUCAGCGGAGCAGGAGAAUAUGCAAAGAGACCAGAGGAGUUCACCAAAUAUACCAAAUGUGUCUGCUGCAGAGGAUGUAGAAGAACAUUUUGCUGAUGACGACACGCUGAAACUUGACGCCACUAAAUUUGCCAUGGAUGCAUGUGGCGGACUGGCUGUCGAACGUGAGGUUGAAAAUCCAUCCGUCCCCAAAGGAUGGGUGAUCGGCCCCUUGAUUAAGUCGUUCAAGUCGAAGAUGGCGAGUUUCACAGAGAUCGUCAUGAGUCCUGUGAAACUCUUCAGAGCGAGCAGCCCUCCUCCCUCCACGGAUCACACCGAUAUCUUUAACUUUAAUGAGUGUGAGGCAGCAGCUGCAGGGACGUCAGACAUGGAGCUGUCAAAGCCAAGCGAUGUGGAACAAACAGAGCCUGUGAGUCAGGAGGACACUGCUGAAACAGAAAACAUGGAAACUGUUAAAUAUUCAAAAAGAUUAUCGUUCGAUGUUGAGAUGUCAACAGAAACAUCUGAACAGGGAGAUGAAUGUUUGGUGACACAGGCGGAAAGAGACUCUCCUGAUUCUGUGCCUUUGCAACACAUUCCCAUACCCCUCUCUGUUUCUGAGGAAGUUCCUGACUCUGGAAAGUCGUCUGUUAUUCUGCGAUCCUCUGUGUGUGUAAGUGCCUCACAGGAGUCAGAGUUAAAGAUAAUCACAUCUGCAGAGGAUCCGAAAGGAAGACUAACCGUCCGACUGAAACCACUACCAAGGAAAUGUACAGGAAGUAGAAGAAGAGUUGUGUCCAAAGCGUUAGCAUGUGAAGUCAAAAAGGAGUCUGAAGCAGAGGUAAUGGAGGAGCAGGUUAGUCACUUUAAUUUAGAGUCAAACACAGCUGACUCCCACAACGGCAACUCACCAUCAUUGUCCUCUUCAGACUGUUUUUCCCAGUCUAAGGACUCUCCUCACCUCGAUGGCGGUGAUGAUGGUAGGAAAACAGAAAGCUGCGUGCUGAUUCGUCCAAACAUCCGGAAUAACUUCACUGACAGUGCUGAGGCGACGACAUUAAAGCCUCCUGUGGAAGCUCAGCUAAACCCUGAAACAUCCUCAGCUGUACGAGCGAAAAGAGAGCGCACACUGGUCUGUCACCCCCAGGACUUAGUGAAGAAGACACGAUUGACUUCAGAUAAUAUUAUAAAGCAACAAGAGUUAUUAAUCCUUGCUUCAGAUGGUGGUGCUCAGACAGGGCUGAGAUCACAGAGAAGGAAAGUGGUGUGGACGAGCUGCAGUGUGGACGUGGAGGAUGUGAUGAAGCCUGCAAGAAGAAGACCGGCUGCUUCCACGAGAGCGAAUAAGAAAGAAAAAGGAGAUCAAGAAAUGUUAGCUGCAGUAAAAGAAGACAUGUUGAACGCACAGACUGAAAGUUCCUCUGAUUUGAUGUUGGUGUGCUCUCUGAAUAAAGAUGUUAGUGUGACAGAGAGCGCCAUGAUGAAGGUGAAGCCAUCAGGUUCACGCAGAAGACUGAAGAACAAAGCAGAUCUCGGAAGAUCUGAGGAAGCCGUGGAUAACGGUAUGGAUUUGGAAACCCAAUCCAAGCAAGACCCACUAUCAGAAGUCCUCAUCCGUCCUGAUAUAAAGCAGCUCCAGAGCCUGGGCAGGUGCAAGGACAUAAACAAGAAACCACUUAAGAGGAAAUCCCCAAAUCUAGCAGGUUCAACGGCCAAAUCAGACUUUUCAGUUUCUACCUCAUCAACAGAGCGGCUAACAGAACCUGCGCCGACACAUUUGAACGCCUCUCAGCUGGACGAGAGCAAGAAAGUGGAGCUGAACCAGCCGUCCAAGAGACCCAAAAAGGGCGUCAGAGGUGCUAAUAAAUCAUCUACGUCUGCUGGGAGUGAAGAGACAAAGAAAUGUAUCCCUCUCCCUUCGCUAGCCAAAGAAGAACCGUGUCAAGAAGGCAAGCAGAAAAUGCUGGUGGACCCGGUGUAUUUUGAAAUGACCCCCUCUGAAAGUCCUCCUCAACCUGCUCCUUCACUUCCCCAACCACACUUAGAGUGUUAUGUCAAGUUAUCAAACAUCGAUCAGGAUGUUAAGGAUGAGAAAGAAAACAUGACUGCUUCUGUGGCAGAUGAAGUGUUUACCACAAACCUUGAAGUCAGUAUCAGCAGCAGCAUCCCCGGCUCUCUGCUCAGGGCUUCUGCAAGAGGUGUGAACUUCAGGCCCAGGAGAGUGGAGAAGCAGAGGAGAAGGUGCCGGGUUCUGCUCAGUCGGACACGUAAAGGUGGAGAGGUGACGAACUCCGUCACGAUGGACGACGCAGACCUGGCGACGCGCUCGUCAGAGAACGGCCCUUCAAGGAGCCUCUUACGCAGCUACUCCUGCCCCGAAAUCCACUCCCUCGGUCACUAUGACACACCCUGCACUUCCUCUCUGCAUUCAACUCAACUCAGCAGGAUUCACACACCACACCAGCAUCCGUCUUCUCACUCUCCCUUCGUCCAACAUGCGCACAAAUCCCAGCGGCGGGCUCGUCGACACACAGUCUGCAGUCUGGAAGUGGAGAGGGAGAUCGCCCCCCUCUGCCUGCGUAAGGAGGUGUACCCGUCCAGAAGAUCUGUCCCGUACGACAGCUCCACCCAUCACCUGUCUCCUAUCCUCGCACUUUCUCCCACCACUUCCCUCAAAGCUCUCGCCACCUGUUUCCUCUCCAGCCCUCUGGCUUUCCUCUCUAAGAAGGUGGAAAGCAGAGGAGUUGCGAACAGCCCAAGCACUUCCAGUCCCGUUCCCUCUCCCACCGCCUCUUCUUCCACCUCGAUUCACCCGCUGAGCCCCUCCACAUGGCGCCUUCCAGGAUUCCUCCAAAGAGCAGACUCCUCCAGUGUUCCCUUGGACUCUGGCAGCAGUGGGAAUCCCUUAGGGUGUGAAAUUGAGAGGAGAGCGCAGAGCGAAGAGGAGGAUGACGGCGGAGACACGAGCUCAUCCAGUCAGGAGUUUGAAGACGUGGCGAUGAGAGAAGAAAAGUCUCUGUCAGAUUCUGAGAUCAAGGUGGUGAAAAAGACUGAAGAACGAGGGAAGGUUUCGUCCAUCAGGAUUCGCAGAACUUUACCCAAACCUCAGAACAACCUGACCCCCAUGGGCCUGCCCAAACCCAUCAGGCUGAAAAAGAAGGAGUUCAGUUUGGAGGAAAUUUACACCAACAAGAAUUUCAGCAAACCUCCUGAAAGCCGUCUGGAGACGAUAUUCGAAGUUGCUCUCAAUCGUAAGAACGGCUCUGAGUCCUGGUUCGGACAGAGGCGUCUCAAACGCUUCAUGGAGUUCCUGGAGGUCGGCGAGGCCAGAAAACCAAAGAAGCCUCUCGUCGGUGCGGGAAAGGCAAAUAAUUCAUCCUCCAGGACGCGACGCGGCGGCUUCCCUAAAGACGAACCGUCCCUCAGCCCGCAGGAUGUGGACUCUCUUCUCUGUGCCAAGCUGGAUCAGCUGAACCUGUGGUUGAUGCACGAUCAGACGGACAGCUGACGGACUACUAAACGUUGAUGAUGGCAGCCAUUAAAAAACACGGUGCUGUUCAUAUGAGUGACGUGUUUUCAACAUGAAGAUUCACUCUUUCUUUUGUCAGCUGUUUCAUUUCUGUGGUGAGGUCUUGUUAUUUUCACUCUGUUGCUUGCAAACUGAAGAAUCACACCACAGCAUCACAGACGGACGCUGGUAGUGAACAUAGAGGUGAAAAGUAUUCUACAGGAAGCCACUUCUUCUGUAAUCACUCCCCUCAAACUAUUACCGUCCAUUGUUCCCACGACCACUAUAUCAGCUACCAGUAAAACCGCCUUGAAGUAGAAGUUCCCCCCGCCGUGAUCGAACACCUUUACUGUAAAACUACGUCAUCAUGUUUCUUUUUGAAUGUCCGACUUUCCCAGAGUGUAACAAAUCUGCACAAUCUCCCUGGGAGAGCGAGGAGAGGCUUUGUCUUCUUCCAGAAUGAUACUGAAUCUUCCCUUUCUUUAGCACUUUCUGGUUUGAAAGAAAGCAUUGCAUUACAUAAAGAGGUAAUGUCUUUGUCAUGAUGUUGUUUUGAGAAGGCAGCUAUUUUUAUAUGAAAACACAGAAUUCAACUUUUUUUUAAAAAUGCCAGCCUGAGAUUCGUCAACAAUUUCACAACCAAGUUUCUGUCUGAGGAUUUGUAUGUACAGUCAUUCGUCUGCGCGCUCAGAGCAGACUCCGUUCAAUCAACCAGUUUAUAGUGUUUGUCUGUGUUUCAUGGCUGAAGCUGAUUUUGUUGUAUAACUUAUAUCUUUGAAACAAUGCAGCACUUCAGAGAGUGUAGAGCGGAGGCGUCCAGAUCCCUCUGCUGGUUGGCUUUUUAUAAACCGUGGUUCUCUCUGGGUUGAUUUGUGGUGUUUAUGUAUACAUUGCUAAUAUAACUUCUUGACAAGCUGCCUAAGUAAGAUGUUUUGGCCAAAUGUCAUUUAUAUCAAGUUGCCUUAACUGUAAACUCUGUCAUGUUUUUUAGGCGUAUUUGUAAACUAUUUUUUUUUAUGAGGGCAUGUAAAGAUGCUUUAAGUAACUCAGAGCACAAACGUGUCAUUUUGUUAUAAAAGUGUUUGUUUAUAUGUUUGUAUAAAAGUACAGCAUAUUGAUGACUAACAUGGUAACAAUGCAAUAAUGCCAAGAAGACUUUGGCACAAACCGCAGGAUCUCACGAUGUUCUGACGACGCACUGCCACGCUGUUCCUGCUCCAGCAGAGACCCGAUCCUCCAUGAUGGCGUUUACAUCGAUACUUUCCUACGUCGACAGAUACAGUAAUUUAUUCACUUUUGCAUUAAAGCUGCAAACAUUGAGGAUCGGGUCACUGCUGGGGACUCACAGUUCUUAUCUUUAAUAUAUGAUGUACAUGUCCAG